AUGUCAGAAAAUUCGGAUGAUAAUGGCGUCAUCAUGGAGGGCCCCUCCGAUCCAGAUGCGCAGGCCACCGUGACAGAUUUCAUAGACUACACCGAGUACCUCCCCUCAGACCUCGUUCGUUCCCUGACUUUGAUUCGUGGCCUGGACGAAAAAUAUCUAGAUGCGGCUGCAGCUGUCCAUGAGUUUACAAAGACCUACGGACAACUUCCUAACCUGCCGCCAGAAGCGCGACCCGACCCUCUUGUUCUACGAAAGCAAAUUUCAGAACAGUUGGGGCGCGUGAUAAAUGCCCGUGAGUCCGCCUAUGCGGAAGCAUGUCGCAUUUACGAUGUCGUCGAUCGCCACUUUGAUCGCCUCGGGAGCAUCAAAUCCAAGUUGAAUGCGCUAUCAAGCACAUGCACUACAGUUUCUCGAGACACUUCUACGCCUCCCCCAGCUGAACGGUCUCCUGACGCCAAACGACAAAGAAGUGGACGCAAAUCCGGUGAGGCACCUUCUGUACCAAGGAUCACUUUGCGCAUCGAUGGGCCUCGCCAAUCAGCACCCACAGAGAAAGGCACACAGAAGGGAAACCUACGCAGGACAACCACGCGCCGCGGCACCCUUGCCCUGUUGAAUCCGGACUCCCCCAUAGUCAGCAUGGAACAAUAUGACGACGAAGGUGAACCUGAUUCAUCGCAUAUUCUUGAUGCAGAGCAUUUGAUAGACCAAUUCAAGGACAAGGGGAAGUCGAAAAAACACAAACGGGGUACCACAAUUCGCAUUUCUCAGCCAUCUGAUUCCGGUAACUACGUGGAUGCAAAUCAGAUCGAUACCUCCACCAGCAACGCCUUGGCCAUGCUGAAACCUCCCCCAGAAAAUGCAAAAAUCGGCAGCGAACAUUUUCCCUGGCUCCGGUUGACUGAAUGGGAGAUGACUAAGCUUCGAAAAAAGAUGAAGAAGAAUAAUAUCUGGCAGCCCAGUGAGAUAAUGAUCCACCGUGAGCUUGCGGUUCGUGGUCGAGGGUGGGAAGGGUAUCGAGCAGCCAAGUUAAACGCCGAAACAACAGGCGCUGAGUUCGUAGACUGCGACGACAUAACGAAGAAUUAUGUUUCAGGGAAACUCGUCCGGAAAAGCGAAGUAGACGCGGAUAUAUCGGGUGUGGAGGAGACUAAACUGAGCAAUCGAGGUAUGAAACUCAACGAAGCGAAGAAAUUGAAACGAGAAAACCUUGCGCGAGAACAGGCGGCUCUAGCUGCGGUCGAGGCCGAAAUGGCGGCGAAACGACUCGGGGACAUCGGGUCUACUUUUAAAAGCUUGUUUUCCACCCCUGCAGAGCAGAGUCAUUACAGUAGCGUUCAAUCUGGACUUUUAGGUAAAUAUUUCAAAGCUAACGGUCCUGCAGUGAAGGAUAGGCCAAAGGUGCCAAAGCAGCCUGCUAAGAAAAGAAAAUUUGAGGAGGCAGCCGUGCCAGAAUCGUUUCGAGAUGUGGACUCCCAAGCUGCUGUCUCCUCAACCACUGCCAAGCCGUCCGCGAAGAAACGCAAGCUUAGCAAAUCUGCUUUUUCAAGUACCGUUAACCCAACUGCAGAUGAUGCCUCGAUGGAAAGUGCAGUUUCAGCAACUAGGGGCCCUCAAGCUGCUACCGGUGGCCUAUCUACAGUCUCUAAAAGAUCAUCCCUCCCCGCUUCUCCUACUGAGUUCCGCCGGUCAAUUGGCCCUGCCGUAUCCAAGGCCCACCCUACCCCCACACCCCCUGUUACCCGCCCUGCUUCUCGACCCCGUUCCGCCACCGGAGCCCCUGGAGAAUCUACAGGUCGCGAACGACCCUCAAGGAAGAGUGCCACACCUGCAGUCAGCAGGGCCGCCUCUGGAGCCGAUCAGGUCACUACAACUGCUGCUGGCCGUCGCAGCAAGCGCCCUGCCCCCGGACCCGUAACUUCAGGCCAGGAUGGCGGUGCUGCCGUAAGCGUAGGCCGUCGCAAAGCCAAGCCCACAGCGAAGAAAAAGAAGGAUCAGGCCUACAAGGAAAGUUCCCAGACGCCCAGAACCGAGGAUGUGCGGAUAGACGAAGACGGAGUUCUCGAGGAGAUCGACCCGAACGAACCCAGGUACUGUCUCUGCGGAGACGUCAGUUUUGGCACGAUGAUUUGCUGCGAGGAUAAUGAUUGUGACAAGGAAUGGUUCCAUCUCGAUUGCGUCGGUCUUACAGAAGUCCCAAGCCGGACUGCGAAAUGGUACUGCCCCGAAUGCCGGAAGAAGCUUGGCAAAGCUGUGACGGACGGCAUCGUGCGAACAGGCGGCGGACGUCGCUAA